AUACUCUUCUAUCUUUUCGUCAAAUUGAUCUUGUCUUUCUGGAAAAGACAGGAGAUUAAUUACUACCUUUUUCCCCCCUAAUUGCUCUUUCUUUCUUACACACAUUCAGUACUCCAGUUCUCCCUUCAUUUCCAGAGUUUUUCAUUAUCGAUUCUUGUCAAUAUGCAUUCUGCACUCCUAGUCGCCACUUUUCUUUCUGUUUUGGAUAUUGCACUAGCAAACCCUAUUCGCAUGGAAGAGUUUCAGCUUCGGCAGGCACAGCCGUGCUUUAUCGUCGGUAAAGUGGCUCUACCUCAAGAGACUCAAGAUGCAGCCAAUUUCCUCGCGUCGGAUAUCACCUGCAAUGCCAAGAAAACCACCAUUUCAGGAGUACCAGACGUCUCCUCUGGCGGAAUAUCUUUUUCGUCUAUCGACUUUGCGACCUCGGGCCAGUCUCCCCUGGAAUUCGCCUUGGAGAAAUUCGCAACCACCAGCCCGUUAGCCGAGAAUGAUCUUGCAAAGUUCCAAAACGAAGCGAAUGUUUACACGGCUACCGAAGUUGCGCUGCGUUCAAUUGGAGGCAACUUGGCCGUCAAGGCACCAAAAUUCUUCAUUAACUUCCAGAUCGCGCGUAUCCAAACUGCCCAGGGUAACCCACCUACUGACCCAAGCCAAACAGUUGAACAUCUCUUGGGAAAAGUAACAAAGAAUGCCUCAAAGGCAGACCAGAAGUUCUUGGAUCAGAUCACGAACCUGUCAAAGGUUUUGUCCUAGAGAAUGUUCAAGUAGACUGGCUGGAUGAAGUAGAAAGCAAUGUAUAAGGCGCUUAACAUUAGUCAACUAAAGAGAAGUAAAUAGCACUCCAUCGUUUAAGGUGGAACGUUAUGGUACUAGGUGUUUCCUUCAACAAAUUUCCCGGAUCUUUAGGAUUUAACUUGGAUGGCUAGAAGAGAGGAUGUUUAUUGAAACUAAUUGUUGGGACGGCAUAUCUGGUAUUCAAGCAGGCUUCAAUAUUUGGUAUCCAAACAAGCGGGGCUUGUAUCACUAAGUAUGUGCUGUAUGAUGUACUUUCAACCACUAUAUUACAGUGCUUAGCUACUAUGAUAUAGUACCUAUCCGCUAUAUUACAGCGCUUAUCCGUAUAAUACAGUGCAGGUGCUCAUGUUCCAUAAAAUAAAC